UUCAGCCUGCGCUUCCGCGCGUCCCCCACGCGCCGCCGCCGGGCAGAGCCGGCGGAAGGAGCCGGGCCACGGCAGGCGGAGCAGGGCCGCCCCGAGCAUGGCGGCAGCGGCGGGCGGCGGUGGCGGGGGAGCCGGCGGCUCCUGUUUCGUGCUGGGCGCCUCGGGAGAGACGGGCCGGGCGCUGCUGCGGGAGCUGCUGUCCCAGCGGCUCUUCGCCAGGGUCACGGCGAUCGGGCGGCGGCGGAUGAGCCUCGGCGAGGAGAGCGCGGCCGCCCUGGAGCAGGUGGUGGUGGACUUUGAGCAGCUGAGCGAACACGCUGCCGCCUUCCGGGGCCACGACGUCGGCUUCUGCUGCCUGGGCACCACGCGGGCCAAGGCCGGCGCGGCCGGCUUCAUCCGUGUGGACCGGGACUACGUCGCACAGGCAGCGGAGCUGGCACGGGCUGGGGGGUGCAAACACUUCGUCCUGCAGUCCUCCCAGGGCGCGAACGAGCACAGCCAUUUCCUCUACCUCAGGGUGAAGGGAGAAGUGGAGAACCUGGUCCAGGCUGUUGGUUUUGAUCGCUGUACCAUUCUCCGGCCAGCGGUGCUGCUGUGCACACGCCAGGAGCCUCGCCCUGCCGAGUGGAUUGCCCAGCACUUUCUCAGUCUUGUGGCACGGGUGUUCCCCACUGCUUACUCGGUUCCUGUGGAGACAGUGGCAAGGGCAAUGGCGGCCAGCGUGCUGAAGCCGGGCGGGGGGAAGGUGGAGGUGCUGGAGAACAAGGCCAUCCAUGAGCUGGGAAGGGCAGUGCCACAACAGGACACAAAGUAGAAGGGAAGGGCCAGAGAGCAUGAUUCACCUGUCAGGUGCUCCUCUGGACCAAGGACAGAUGCAGGCAUGGGAUAGUAGUGGGGCAUUGCAUGGCUAAGGUGAAGGUAGAGCUGCAUUUCUUUGCAUGGCAGUUAAUUCUCUUAAGUGAUCUAGAAAUGCAGGUGCCGGCUGGUGGGUGAAGAAAAUGCAUUGUGUGCUUCCUGGAUCUGGCAUGUGAAUCCAGGUAAAAAUUGGGUGUACUCGAGGUAAUUUCUUCAAUUCAGCCCUCAAAUAAAAUCCUGUGACUGGU